UUCACUCGAUAGCACACGCUUCAAGUCACACACCAAGCAUCUCAAAAUGGCAUUCAAGUUCAUCGCACUCUUCGCUCUGAUCGCCGCUGCCAGCGCCGGCAUCCUGCCCGCUGCUCAGGUCUACCAUGCAGCUCCAGCUGUGGCCACCUAUGCCGCCCCCGCUGCCGUUGUCAAGACAAUUGCACCAGUGGCCCAGCAUGUGAUCACCAAGGCUGCUGAGGAAUACGAUCCCCAUCCCCAGUACAAGUACGCCUACGAUGUCCAGGAUGCCCUCUCCGGUGACUCCAAGAGCCAGGUCGAGGAGCGUGAUGGUGAUGUGGUCCGUGGAGAGUACUCCCUGAUCGAUGCUGAUGGUUACAAGCGCACCGUUCAGUACACCGCCGAUCCCAUCAACGGUUUCAACGCUGUGGUCAACCGUGAACCCCUCGUCAAGACUGUUGCCGCUGCUCCCGUUGCCCACUACGCUGCCCCCGCCGUGGCUCACUAUGCUGCCCCAACCGUGGUCAAGACUGUGCAACCAGUUGCCCACUAUGCUGCCCCAGCUGUCGCUCACUACGCUGCCCCAGCUGUCGCUCACUAUGCUGCCCCAGCUGUGGUCAAGACCGUCGCCCCGGCUUACUCCACCUAUGCCGCCCCAGCUGUCCAUGUGGCCCAUCACUACUAAAUGCCAUUUUGUUAUGUGUGUUGACUGAAACUGAUUGCAAAUCAACUUGCCAAUGUUUAAAUAAAUUACAAUUAUCCCAUUAA